AUGCAACCGAUUCUGCCUGGCAUUCUCCGGCCAAAUGGAUCGUAUACCGCGCUUCUCCCGGAUGAGGCCAGUGCUGGCCGUCUUUGGGCAAGACAAUACUGCGAGGAUGGGGCUAACUGUGCGAUAGGAGACUGCGGAUCAUCAGACUGCUGGAGUCAUUCUUCAGAUAACACGACACUGUUCGAGUUCACACUGAAUGCGGACACGUUUUGGUAUGAUAUCAGUCUAGUGGACGCUUUUACCUGCGGUAUGACAGUCGUUCCUGAAGUGGAAGAUAGCUUGAGGUGUAAGACUAUUGCAUGUCCUUACGAGUCUAUACUUGGUACGUCUCAUCAGCCCCCCCUUUGCCCAAAAGAAAACUUGAUACUUGGAACAAUGACCGCAGGGCAGGCAACAACAGCGCCAUAUUGUCUCUCAGAUUGUAGGUUAUAUGGAUCCGAUGAAUAUUGUUGUAGAGGCGGUACGCCACAGUCGUGUCAACCAAGCAGUACAUGGUUUAAGAAUGUGAAUGCAUGCCCGCAUGCCUAUAGUUAUGCCUUCGAUGAUGCAUCCUCGCUAUGGGGCUGCGACGUACGGGACGUAAAUCAUAUCUCUGUGCGCUUCAAUUGUCCUUAG